UGUUUCGAAUGCACAAAGACAGCAGCAAGUUCGGUGGACAGUUUGCUGUUGUUGACCUUUAUACAGUCUAUGUUGUUGACGGAUUUAUUCGCCACAGGGUCUAGAGCGGGAAAAUGGCUCUCAUAAUGGCAUUUUGCACUUUAAUCUUCAAUGUUUUAUGCUUGCCUCUUCAUCUGAUCAAAGCACUCGGCAUGUAUGAAAUAUACAAACGUGUCUUCCCUAUUUGUUUGUACCGAUGUUCAAUAAUGUACAACAACAAAAUGCACGACAAGAAGAAGGAGCUGUUUCGCAGUCUACGCGAGUUCAACAGGCAUGGCAAGCAGCUCACUAUUUUGGAGAUCGGCUGUGGAACUGGCACCAAUUUUCAGUUUUAUCCACCCGGAUGCAAGGUAAUCUGCACUGACCCCAACCCUCAUUUCAAGAAAUACCUGAAGAGCAGCAUGGAAGGGAAUGACCACAUCACGUUUGACAGAUUUGUGGUGGCGUCGGGGGAGGACAUGGGGGCUAUUGAGAGCGAGUCGGUAGACGUUGUUGUGUGCACCCUGGUGCUCUGCAGUGUCAACAACAUCCCGAAAACCCUGCAGGAGACACGGCGCAUGCUGAGACCGGGUGGAGGCUUCUUUUUCAUGGAGCAUGUUGUUGGAGAGCCCUCCACCUGGACCUACUUCUUCCAGCAUGUUCUGCAGCCCCCUUGGUACUACUAUGGGGAUGGAUGUGAGAUGGUCCGGGACACGUGGAAACCUCUGGAGGCAGCUGGAUUCUCCGACCUCAAGCUGAAACAUGUGGAAGCACCACUCAUGUUCCUUGUCAAGCCUCACAUCAUCGGUUACGCUGUGAAAUAAAUGCUGUCAUUAGGUCUGCAUUACACAGUCAAGCGCUUAAUACCCCCCCCCCCCCCCUCUCUUUUGUGAUAUGAUAGAUCAUCAGUGAUGGAGAUAAUCCCAAUCACUUUAAUACUAAUUUUAUUUUUGUAUUUUAAAAAAAAAAACCUUCAGUGUUUGUGUUUUGUAAAGAUACAUUCAAUUAACACAUUGAAUAAAAACAUUGCAUAUGGCAUUCAAUACAAAAUGAAUAUUUUAAAUGUUUAAUCUUCUAUAUGUCACUUCCCAUUUCCAAGAUGCUAUGCUGUUACAUCGAUAAGAUGCCACCAUAGGACAAUGUGUGUUCUGAUGUUUGUGUACUACUGCUGGAUUCAUUGGCGUCAUUUAUGACAUGACAGGUGUGUCACUAAUGUAUUUUUGCUGUUAAGCUGAUUGUGUUGUCUUAUUAAAGACUUUCUGCUGCA